AUGGCUCAUCGCAUUCCCUUCACAACAAUUGCCCACAAUCCAGUUAAACCUGAGCUUACACUUGGAAAUGGCACUGAAUUCUUGGUAGUCGACACAAGCACUGGUGCACUCGUGAAGCCCUAUAGCGGUCAGGAUCGCAAGCAGAAAUACACAGAAAAGUUUAGAAACAUUGCUUUUUCAGCUGACGGUACCUUGAUGGCAACUACAAGUGCUGAAGAAAAGACUAUCAGUGUGUGGGAUACCAGUGAUUGGAGUUUGAAGCUCACAAGAACCGCAAAUAAGCGUGUCAAUGCAAUGCAGUUUGACAAGAACGCCACUCAGAUUAUUGUAGCUGACAAACACGGUGAUGUUACUUGCCAUUCUAUUAAAGAUGGAUCGGAAGAGGACAAGGCUACACCUAUUCUCGGACAUGUUUCAAUGUUGACAGAUAUGAUCUUGACACCCGACGAAAAAUACGUGAUUACUGCUGACCGUGAUGAGCAUAUUCGCGUCAGUCGAUUCCCUAAUGGCUAUAACAUUGAAAGUUUCUGUUUAGGCCACACCGAUGUUGUUACUCUGGUUCGUAUUCUUCCUUGGGCUUCAGAUAUUCUUGUCUCUGCUGGUGGUGAUAGCACUCUCCGUACCUGGGACUUUAUCAAGGGAACUCAGAUCCAGUGCUUGGAUAUCAAGAGCCACAUUGCUUCUUUUACUCCCGAAAAUUUAAAGGCUGCAGAUGAGAACUCAAAGGAUCCCAUGAUCAGUGCUAUUGGAUUCAGUCCCAAGACACACCAGAUCGUUGUCUGUUUUGCAAAAACUGCUGCUAUCCUUGUUUUCAACUGGAACGAGCCUGAAAAGUCCAUCGAAUACCAGUACACACUUGAGACCUCAGGUCCUGUACUUGAUCUUGUUUAUGAUCUCGAAGGUCGCCUUUGGGUUUCUUUGGCUCCUGUAAACGAAUCUGAGGAUCUUAUUGCUGUUUACACCAACGCAGACAACAAGUUGGAACGUGUAGAAAGCACCAACCCCUUGGUGGCACAAAUCAAUGGUUGUGAAGCUGGUUUGGUUGACGAAAUUCCCAACCUCUACAGCAUCUUUGGUCUCCGGAAAUUCCUUGAUGUACCAGAACAACAAGAGGUGGAGAAGUCUACUGGUGGUAACAAGAAACGGAAAGUAGAAAACUAA